UUAUCGCAGCGUUUAAAUGAUCGAUACUUAAGUGGGUUGAGAAACUUGAUACAACGUUCAGUCUUCAAAAUGUUUAAAGUUUGGAUUCAGCUCUCGAGCAUUUUCGUGGUUUUGGCUACUGUCAGAUGCGAUAGUUGUUUCGUCUUCGAUACCGACUUCGCAAGCAGCAAUGUCAAUGAUGGUUUAAGUACUAUGGUCAACUCUGCUGGAGAAUGCCAGAGUCUUUGUCAAUCCUCUUCGGCCUGCAACUAUUGGUCUUGGGUGGGCCCUGAAUAUACAGUCAAUUACAAUUAUGUCAGAAGUUGUUGGCUCAAGAGUGACGCCCCGGAAUUGGUGCCCUCCAAGGGUGUGGUAUCCGGGCCUAAGAUUUGUGACUCUGCCAGUGAGUGUUGUGAAGAGAUCCUUCUGGACACCAGCGGCAUGGGAGAUUUCUACCAAGGCCAACGUUUGGGAUAUUACAAGAAAUACUUGGACACAGCAAGUGGUCGAUUUGUGUACCAACAGGUUGGAGGCGAUCAGUUCAUGUAUUACCUAGAGUCCCAAGGAAUUUGGAUGGUGGGGGAGACUGUGGGCCAGGAUUUGGGUGGGAUCUUGAACCGGGGAGACUCACAAUGUCCCGAGGACUUGACCCCUGAGUGGGAAUACUGGUCAACUGGUUUUGAGGAAUGGGACAACGACUGGGGUAUGGCCGCAACCUGUCAAAACGGGGGACCUACGCAACCUCCUAAUGCGGAAUCUUGUAGUUAUGGAACUAUUUGUGAAAGCUGUGCCAUCACCCAUGAACAAGAUGGAAUCCUGUAUUGUUGCUCUGUUGGGUGUGACUAUGGAUGGAUUGACGUUGGAAUGCAGAAUGGCAAUGUGGUCUGCUCAUGUGGGCAUUGAGGUUGCUAUGGAAUCAUAUUCAUGUUCAAAAGAGUGAAAAGAAACCUCGUUAAUAAAGUACCAUUCGACCUGCAAAA